UAGCCAUAUUUAAUUCGACGCUUGCACGCUGAGGUAGCUCGGCGUUGUGACGCCAUUUUAUUUUCUUGUUGUGAAUCAAGAGUAAUUGUGUCUACUGCAUUCAGUGAAGUUUUAAUAAUACAAUCAAAAUGAGUUACGGAAGACCGCCGCCGCGUAUCGACGGCAUGGUGUCGUUGAAAGUGGACAAUCUUACAUACCGCACAACGCCUGAAGAUUUACGUCGUGUGUUUGAAAGAUGUGGCGAAGUAGGCGAUAUCUACAUACCCAGAGAUCGUUAUACUAGAGAAAGUCGAGGAUUUGCUUUUGUCAGAUUUUACGACCGCCGUGACGCUGAGGAAGCUUUGGAUUCCCUGGAUGGACGUAUGUUAGAUGGCAGGGAACUUCGUGUGCAGAUGGCGCGCUAUGGACGCCCUUCGUCCCCAUACAGAAGCCGAUACGAUCGCCGUCGCAGCAACUCGCGUUCACGGUCUCGUUCACGUCGUCGAUCCAGGUCUCGUUCCCGUUCACGUCGGCGGUCCUACUCGCGCAGUCGCAGCCGCUCUCGCUCCCGUAGCCGCUCCGACUCGAAGAGCUCACGCGGCCGCACUCGCAGCCGUUCCCGCUCACGUUCUCGCUCUAGGCAUUGAAGUGCUGUGUUGAGAGUACCAAGUGUGAGCUGAAGUGCUGUUCAACAUGAACCCAAGCAGCCUUCGCCCAAGGUACUAAAACUCAUCAGUUACUCAUAAGCCAUCCACAGACCUAACUAUGAUCAACAUAGUGGCAAAACAUGCAACGUAACAAAUUAUACUUUAAGUUUCCUAAAAUAACAUAGGCUAACUGCAUAAUGUAAGAAAUUGUAUCCAUGGAGAUUUUCAUUCUUUCGUUUUUUGUUUGUAUAGAACCUUUCAAUAAAUUUCUCCAACUUAACUAUCAAAUGAAAUACUUACUGAAUAAUAAAUACUGAAUUAAUUUCUUAUUUGAAUGUAUCUUUUACUUUUAAGUUUAGAAAAUUCUGCAUCAUAUUUAUGAGUCACUUGUAUUUGAGUCUUCAUGUUCAUAUUGUAUUAGACUUUUUAUGUAUGUAAUUAAUUAAUCAGUACUAGGUGUAAGACCGUUGUGGUCUUCAAUAUAUUAUUUCAGGUUAAAUAUAACAAAAUUACUGGAAGAUAACCUCCAUUCUACCAACACAAGUGAUAAUUGGGCUAAAUUGGGCAUUAAUGUGGGAUCAUCAUUCAUGUUACUUGGUAAAUAACUUGUAAGAAUGUGAUGCCUCAAGUCUUUAGUUACUUUGUUUAAUUAUACAUUGUACUACUUUUAACAUUGUCAAUAAUCUUAAGUAGUAGGCCCUUGCUUAUAAACCCACCUUUUGAACACCAAACCAUUUUAUGUACUUUGCUACAAUCAUUGUAAUUUGAACAAUUUGUUUGCUCACUCAUUCCUAGUGUCAUCUGAGUAUUGGUGAUUAAAAGGCUUAGGACUUAUAUUUGUAACCAUUGUCAACAUUUUAGAGCAUAUGGCCUAUUACUUACGAUUUUUAUCUUUAAGUACAUUGCAUUUGUGCAAGUAAUAUUAAUAGAAAUGAUUCUGUAAUAUUAAUUGAAAUGUUGGUAUGCUCAGGGCGUGGAGUACGCGGGGAGCGAGGCUGUAUGCGGGGAGGGGGGGUUUGCUGUUGCUGACAACUGCUGUUUUGCUGUUGUUGCCGUACAUAAGUUAUGAGUAAACUUUUAUAUUUAUUGACAAACCGAGACACGCAUAUAACCUAGGUAAAAUGACGACUAAAAUCAACACCCAGUUUAUGUAUGUAGUCAUACAAACACGUAGGGCAAAACAGACCGCACACUCAACUUUUGUUAUACUGUCCACAAUUUCGAAUAGAUACUAUCUGCUUCGCUCCAGUUAAAUUCAAUGUAAUUGCAUUAGGGGUCAGCGUUUUUGCGUCAGGACCACAAGUAGGCGGCGGCGGGCAGACCAGCAGACUGCGAACUAAUAUAUGCGUUUGUUUGGCAGGCCGGUGCUGCACGCUGGCCUGUUUGCUGUGGCAGUAUCCUGUGCUGAUUUGCAGAUUCGCAUGCGGCUAGGUUUAUCGGUAAAAAGGAACGCCCUCCCUGCCCCCCAAUAUUAUCGAGCGUUCUAAGUACAUAAUAUAUGCGGUUUAACACUUUUUUUAUUUAGCACUAGGAUUUUUCCCUACGGUUACUAUGGAAUGUACCAUUAAACUGUAUUAUUUCUGAAGAAUCAAGGUCGUCACAGAUGAAGACUCCACUCACUGGAUUUGUAGGUUUUAUCGGUAAUAAAAUUUUUAGGAAUAA